CAGUGCUUCUCGCGCAUGUGCAGUGGGCACCCGGCUAUCUGUAUUCUCUUAGUCAUCCCCUGUACUGUCUGCAGUCUCUUGGUCAUCCCCUGUACUGUCUGCAGUCUCUUGGUCAUCCCCUGUACUGUCUGCAGUCUCUUGGUCAUCCCCUGUACUGUCUGCAGUCUCUUGGUCAUCCCUGUACUGUCUGCAGUCUCUGGUCAUCUCCGGUACUGUGUCCGCAGUCUCUGGUCAUCUCCUGUAGUACGUCCGCAGUCUCUGGUCAUCUCCUGUACUGUGUCCGCAGUCUCUUGGUCAUCCCCUGUACUGUGUCCGCAGUCUCUGGUCAUCCCCUGUACUGUGUCCGCAGUCUCUGGUCAUCUCCUGUACUGUGUCCGUAGUCUCUGGUCAUCUCCU